CUCCUCCAGCCCCUAGGGAAUUGGAGCUGAGGAGGAGCUGAAAAUGCAGAUUUAGCAUCAAGCACAGACCUACACUCGCUCUUUCUCUCCGGUACACACAGCUCCCCACAUUCGCACCCCUGCCCGCGCGCCGGGCCGCCUGACUGCUCGGCUUCCCCUCCAGCCAGAUGCUGGAGAACACACACUGAUUCGCUGCUUUCCAAGACCCUAUUCAGUCUCUUUCUCUAUACAAAGAUUUUUUAAAAAACUAUAUAUAAGAAUUUUUUUAUUUGCACCCUCCCUCCGAGUCCCCUGCUCCGCCAGCCUGCGCGCCUCCUAGCACCACUUUUCACUCCCAAAGAAGGAUGAAGGGUGGUUGUGUCUUCCAGUGGAAGGCGGCCGCCGGGUUCCUCUUCUGUGUCAUGGUUUUUGCAUCUGCUGAGCGACCGGUCUUCACGAAUCAUUUUCUUGUGGAGUUGCAUAAAGGGGGAGAGGACGAAGCUCGCCAAGUUGCAGCAGAACACGGCUUUGGAGUCCGAAAGCUUCCCUUUGCUGAAGGUCUGUACCACUUUUAUCACAAUGGCCUUGCAAAGGCCAAGAGAAGACGCAGCCUACACCACAAGCAGCAGCUGGAGAGAGACCCCAGGGUAAAGAUGGCUUUGCAGCAGGAAGGAUUUGACCGAAAAAAGCGAGGUUACAGAGACAUCAAUGAGAUCGACAUCAACAUGAACGAUCCUCUUUUUACAAAGCAGUGGUAUCUGAUCAAUACUGGGCAAGCUGAUGGCACUCCUGGCCUUGAUUUGAAUGUGGCUGAAGCCUGGGAGCUGGGAUACACAGGGAAAGGUGUUACCAUUGGAAUUAUGGAUGAUGGGAUUGACUAUCUCCACCCGGACCUGGCCUCCAACUAUAAUGCCGAAGCAAGUUACGACUUCAGCAGCAACGACCCCUAUCCUUACCCUCGGUACACAGAUGACUGGUUUAACAGCCACGGGACCCGAUGUGCAGGAGAAGUUUCUGCUGCCGCCAACAACAAUAUCUGUGGAGUUGGAGUAGCAUACAACUCCAAGGUUGCAGGCAUCCGGAUGCUGGACCAGCCAUUCAUGACAGACAUCAUCGAGGCCUCCUCCAUCAGUCAUAUGCCACAGCUGAUUGACAUCUACAGCGCCAGCUGGGGCCCCACAGACAACGGCAAGACAGUGGAUGGGCCCCGGGAGCUCACGCUGCAGGCCAUGGCCGAUGGCGUGAACAAGGGCCGCGGCGGCAAAGGCAGCAUCUACGUGUGGGCCUCCGGGGACGGCGGCAGCUAUGACGACUGCAACUGCGACGGCUACGCCUCCAGCAUGUGGACCAUCUCCAUCAACUCAGCCAUCAACGACGGCAGGACUGCCCUGUACGACGAGAGCUGCUCUUCCACCUUGGCUUCCACCUUCAGCAACGGGAGGAAAAGGAACCCUGAGGCCGGUGUGGCAACCACAGAUUUGUACGGCAACUGCACUCUGAGGCAUUCUGGGACAUCUGCAGCUGCCCCCGAGGCAGCUGGAGUGUUUGCACUGGCUCUGGAGGCUAACCUGGGUCUGACCUGGCGGGACAUGCAGCAUCUGACUGUGCUCACCUCCAAACGGAACCAGCUUCACGACGAGGUCCAUCAGUGGCGGCGCAAUGGGGUCGGCCUGGAAUUUAAUCACCUCUUUGGCUACGGGGUCCUUGAUGCAGGUGCCAUGGUGAAAAUGGCUAAAGACUGGAAAACCGUGCCUGAGAGAUUCCACUGUGUGGGAGGCUCCGUGCAGGACCCUGAGAAAAUACCAUCCACUGGCAAGUUGGUGCUGACACUCACAACCGACGCCUGUGAGGGGAAGGAAAAUUUUGUCCGCUACCUGGAGCAUGUCCAGGCUGUCAUCACGGUCAACGCAACCAGAAGAGGAGACCUGAACAUCAACAUGACUUCCCCUAUGGGCACCAAGUCCAUUUUGCUGAGCCGGCGUCCAAGGGAUGACGACUCCAAGGUGGGCUUUGACAAGUGGCCUUUCAUGACCACUCACACGUGGGGGGAAGACGCCCGAGGCACCUGGACCCUGGAGCUGGGAUUUGUCGGCAGCGCCCCGCAGAAGGGGGUGCUGAAGGAGUGGACCCUGAUGCUGCAUGGCACUCAGAGCGCCCCAUACAUCGACCAGGUGGUGCGGGAUUACCAGUCCAAGCUGGCCAUGUCCAAGAAAGAGGAGCUGGAGGAAGAGCUGGACGAAGCCGUGGAGAGAAGCCUGAAAAGCAUCCUUAACAAGAACUAGCGCUACACAUCCGCCUUUCCCACCGCCCUCCCUCCCCAGCUCCGCCUCUGUCCUCGCUCCGCGUUUCAGGCAGGCACCUAGCAAUUCCAUCACCCGUACAGGCAAUUCCGUCUUCUUAAUCUGAAGCUUCACUCACUGUCAAUGAUUAUUUUCAUUACAAUGGAAACAAUCUUUUUUACUCUAUGCCCCAAAUACAGCGUUCCCAACAACAUCCAUG